GAUGAGUUACAGAAACGGACAAGCGAGCAGACGGUCCGUGACAGUUUAACACUCGCCUCAAUACGAAUUCCGAAUUUUUCCGACUUCCGACAUCAUCCAAGUAUCUAUCCGCAACGUCUCCGUUUUCUUCUCUUUCUCAUUGCGGAAGGUAUCACCGUGCUUAAUAUUUUGUAGCUCUGUCAGCUGGCCGAAAAUGAUACCGAAAAUGAAUAUUAAAGCUUGCGUGAAGUAAUAGCAAAAAUGGAUACACCACUCCCCGACAAAUUGGUGCCGGGAAAUGUACCAGGUGAAUUCCGUGUAUUUGUCACACCCGCAUCACCUUCAGGAAAGUCUUAUGCUUCCUCCAAACUUGCAACACCUGCAUUUCCUGGAAGUCAUGUUAUGCUCAUGAACUCUGGCAUGAGCUUUCAAGUACUCUCAAAUCAAGAAUCUGAUGAACUGAACGAUACUGACCUGUAUGACUCUGUAACCAAAUUGGGUAAAAUAGGAAGGUACCUUAGGUUAACCUGCGUUCUCGGAAUUUGGCUGCUUUUCACGGUUAUAUUGAUGAUCAAAGGCGAAAAAGUUAACAACAUGCACCAGGUGUCCAUCCCGGCAGCUGCAUCAACAUGCUAUGAAAUUCAUGGUAUACCAAAUCGAGAUGUGAUAGAAGUCACUCUGGAAGGAUCAAUCAUGCCACACUACUUUGUCAACAUGAGCAGCCACAAGAUGACAGUUUGGAUUGAGCAGCACUUUGAAGUCCCAGAGGCUAGGAUAGGUGAAAUGUUUGCCCCAAGUUUCCGAAAGCGGCUCAGUGCAAAUUGGUCUGUACCUUUGGUGACUGAAAAUUUAAUAGGGGCAGUGCCAGAGCUUGUGCUGUCAACUAUAUUUCGUUUGGAAAACUUCAACAGGUUCAACACGGCUCGCCUAUUUGUCCAUUUGGAAAGCAACGUUAACGCCAGCUUGCCUGUUUCUAUUGGUUAUGAUAUUUCCCCAAUUGAUGAAACAGACGGAACAUUGUAUGCAGUUUUGGUUUUGAUUGGCCUUUACAUCCUUAUUAUAUUUGAGAUUGUGCACAGGACCUUAGCCGCCCUACUUGCCUCUACAAUGUCUGUCGCUAUAUUGGCUACCUUCAAUGAACGUCCAUCAAUGGCUGAGCUGAUGUCUUGGAUUGAUGUAGAAACUCUUCUGCUCUUGUACUCAAUGAUGGUGAUUGUAGCAAUCCUGACGGAAACUGGCGUGUUUGAUUAUCUGGCAGUACUUGCCUUCAAGAUCACUGGUGGCAAAGUGUGGCCUCUGAUCAAUACCCUGUGCUUGCUCACAGCACUUCUCUCUGCCUUCCUGGACAAUGUCACUGUAUCCCUUCUGAUGACACCUGUCACUAUAAGGCUGUGUGAGGUCAUGGAAUUAAAUGUCGUUCCUGUAUUGAUGGCCAUGGUCAUAUACUCAAACAUUGGUGGAACAGCAACAGCCGUUGGAGACCCUCCAAACGUCAUUAUUGCUUCUAAUGAACAUGUGAAAGCUGCAGGAAUUGACUUCACGCAAUACAUGAUGCACAUGACUGUUGGCGUUGCAAUCAUCAUGGUGACCACUUAUAUACAACUGAGGUUCAUCUACAGGAACAUCAGUGAUCUCAGAAUUCCUGAACCGCACGACAUCACAGAGCUGAAACAUGAAAUAGAAGUGUGGCAUCGUGCAGCUGCUUCCGUAUCCUCUUACUCCAAAGAUGAAGAUGCAGUUCGUGAGGCUUUGCUUAGCAGGGCUCAGAGACUGGAAAGUGAGCUUAGGAUUAAAAUGAAGGAAGUCAAUUCUUCUGAUGAGCACUACAAAAACACACUUGACGAACUCCAAAAGAAGUACCCAAUUAGAGACCCAGUGCUUCUGAUGAAGUCUGCGUGCACCAUGGCGUUUGUGAUUGUUGUCUUCUUCCUCCAUUCCAUUCCGGACCUCUCGUUGUCAUUGGGCUGGACAGCGCUAUUAGGGGCGACACUGCUGCUCAUUCUUGCAGACAAUGAGCAAAUGGAAGGAGUGCUGGCUCGAGUGGAAUGGUCAACCCUUCUCUUCUUUGCUGCCUUGUUUGUCUUGAUGGAAGCCUUGUCCAAGCUCGGACUGAUAGCCUGGAUUGGACGACAGACAGAAUACAUCAUUCUCUCAGUGGCUGAUGAAAAUAGCAGACUUGCAGUAGCUGUGCUUUUGGUUUUGUGGGUCUCUGCUAUUGCCUCUGCCUUUGUGGAUAACAUUCCUUUGACCACCAUGAUGAUAAAAAUCGUCACUUCAUUGAGCAGCAAUCUGUUGUUCAAACUACCUUUGCCACCUUUGGUUUGGGCGCUUUCAUUUGGAGCAUGCCUUGGCGGAAAUGGAACAUUAAUUGGAGCUUCUUCCAAUGUCGUUUGUGCUGGUGUUGCCGAGCAGCAUGGCUACAGCAUUACAUUUUUGGAAUUUUUCCGUGUCGGCUUUCCUGUGAUGUUAGUGAGUGUGAUUACUGCAAGUGGCUAUCUCCUGAUCUCCCAUGUCAUAAUUCAGUGGCAUUAAAUUGUGACUUCUAUAUAGCUGAACUUUUAUCGUCAGUUUGUGUUUAAGUUAACGUUAUUGAAAUUCCAAUGUGAUAUAUACUAAUUAUGAAGUGAUGCUAUAUUUACUAUAGCUGUAGUGUAAUUAAGUUGUAUCAGACC